AUGGCGACAACGGCGGCUGGUGAACUUGCGGAGGUGGAUCCAGAGGUAGAGGAAGAUGGAGGCACGAGGGGAGGCGGGCUAGGGUUCGGGAGGGGCGCAGGUCGACUUGUAGGCAGGGCAGGGGUGCGGAUGGCUGCUGCGUGGCCAUCCAUGGUUGUGGGAGGUUGCACGAUGGCCACCGAGCCCCUGAUGAAUAGAGGUCAUCAUGAUGAAGUCAUCAUCCUUUGUUCCGGAUCUUCAUCGUCCUACGAACGCGAUAAGAGGGAAAACUCUGGAAGAACGCAUCUCACAAAGUUGGGCAUCUGA